UUGGUUGGCUUUCUUCUUCGCUGUUGUCCAAAUUGCAGAAGAGGAAUCACGUCUGUUGCUCAUCUUGUCACUACUUCAGAUGUUUUGUUUUUAUUGCAAUCUGCUUCACAGAGAGACGUUGCGUGUGGAGUUGGGAGUUUGAAUGUUGCGUGCUUUUGAAAGCCAACCCCCCAUUUUUGUGGUUCAUGUGGUGAGACAUAGUUAGCGGGAUGGCCAAGGAGAGCAAGGUCGUGCGCGCGAAGCCGGAGGAGCCCGUCUUCUCCGAUGACCGAAGCAAGCGCCGCAAGUUGACUGAAAGUCGUUGCGGGCUGACGGUGAGACUCUAAGCUUCAAUUUCAGAAGCUGUUCCGAGACAGCAUAAUUGAGGACUGACAACUGUGACCUAUGCAUUUCGCAGAGGAUCACAAUUUCUGCAAUGCUGACGAAGCAAUUACGCUGCAUCUUGUUAAAACUGAAAAAGAUUAUCUUCAAGGGGGUAAUGAGGAUCUAUCGUUUCCACCGGAGUUCACGGAACAGUUUUUUGGUGAAGAAGGAAGAAUAUAUGGAUAUACUGGUCUGAAGGUUGAAGUUUUUAUACACACUGUCUCCUUCUAUACUCAUUAUCACCUUACCUUCGAUUCGAUAGCUAAGGAUGGUGGAGCUAGAAAUCCUAAGACAAAUCUUCGUGCAAAACUGAAGGAGAUUUUUGGUGAGUCACUGAUUGACAAUCGGGAUGCGUUCAUCGAAAAGAUAAAGCAGUCUACUGAUUCCUUUGUGCAAGUAAUCAAAGAGGAGGGAACUGCUGUGGAUUCCUGGAGGGCACCUACAGGGAGAAAUCCAUCCGAUGUCUCAAGGAUGGCAAAUGGAAAAUUACGACAGGUUGUGCGAUUAGAGCUUACGGACCCCCGAGUUAGGAAGUGGUACACUUGUCUGACGCCUCUGAUACAUCUAUUUGUUGAGGGUGGUCAGCCCAUUGAAAGUGAUGAUCCUAGGUGGGAAAUGUAUGUGACACUUGAAGGAGAAGGCCCAGAUAUUAUAGUUACUGGGUUUUGCACGGUCUAUCGCUUUUUCCGGUACCCUGACAGCACGAGGUUGAGGAUUGCACAGAUUCUGGUACUACCCCCUUAUCAAGGACAAGGAUAUGGACAUCGGUUGCUGGAGACUAUCAACAGAAUAGCAGUGGAGCGCGACUGCUAUGAUAUAACCUUCGAGGAUCCUUCAGAUAGCUUGCAAGAGCUGCGCGACUGCAUGGAUGUGCAGCGGCUUCUGCAGUUUCCUCCUGCUGUCUCGGCGCUCUCCUUGUCUAUAGCAAGAUUGCGUAGGAUGGCUGGAGGUGGGGGCGAGACUGCAACGACGUCAGGACUGGACCCGAAAUCGAAUACCUUCACCAAGGGUAAGAAAAGAAACUCAGAUGUUGAUACCGAUGACAACAUCUUGGUACCUCCUGCAUCGGUUGUAGAGGAAGCCAGGAAGGCUUUCAAAAUCACCAAGGUACAAGUGAAAAGGUGCUGGGAGUCUCUACUAUUCCUGCAGUUGGCAUCAUCAGAGACGGGUGUAGUAGAAUCGUUCAGAGAGCUCCUCAUAAAGCGUCUCCACGCUGGUAUAUUUUCCAACAAAGAUGAGGCAGUAGGACAUGGGAAGCACAUCAUUGACACGAAGAAUGACUACAACAUCAAUAAAACUUUCAUGAUGAUGCGUACUCCACAAAAGGAGACGAACGGCCACGACUCCAAAAAGAUAGGUGAUGUUCUGGAUGCCAGUGAUGAAGAGAAAAAAUUACAAGCCCUUCAAGAGCUUUUAGAGGAACGAGAAAAUGAGCUGCAAGCUGUGGCCAACAAGGUAUCUGCGAGGUGUAAAAAACUUGGCAUCGCAGUGAAGGUCAAGGAUUUAGUUAACCAAGCAUGAGGUAGUAUGUAGUGCUAUAGACCUGUCCUCAAUAGAUUCUCUUAGAUAAUUAUACAUCACAAGUGUGUCAUUUUCCUGCCGCAAGCAUCUGAUCUGUUAUUGCUAACAACCCAGAGGCACAUUAAUCUCUAGUUUCUUUCCCCAGGCUGUCAUAGAACUUAAUUUUCAAUGCAGGCAUCUAGUCACAAGCUACGUGGGGUUCGACGUAUGAAUACAGGCUCUUAGUAUUGGCGGAAUUUUAUGGACUGUAGCAGAGCACGAACAUGUUCUCCAGGCUGAAAGCAUGUAAUGGACUAUCUUGUAACUUAUUCCAGAAGGGAUCAGGUUUUGGUGCUUAAUGUGAGCCUUGAUAUUUUAGAAUUUUAGAUGGAA